CAGAGGUCGCAGGGCAAAAACGCGUGGAGUCAAAGUUUGUAGAAUUGUUUGUACACUUUAGCCUCACUCUGUUUAUAUAGUCCAGUGAUAUAUCACUGUUUCUUUACAGUUUGAAUUUACUUCUUCAGUUACAGACUUACCAUGAUUAAUCGAAAUUCCACGCUGGAUCCGUUACGUUUGGGUACAGUAAAGCCUGACCUGGUAUGUGACCAGAAACGUCGUGCGCGGGCUAACACCGGGCCGGUUCGGAAGGAGUCGGACUCCCGGGAGAAUCAGGACCGCCGAAAGCUGCAGCUGAGCCGGUGGCAUGCGCCCUGGAGGUCGAGUGAGGUACCUUCACAUCUGGAUACUAAACCAGUGAUCCUGGGCAAUGUGGGACAACAUGUGGAAACGGCGACUACAGAUGACCCACCAAAGAAAGUCGACCAAUCCAUUAGCCACACCCCUCCAGAUUCCACAGGGGGUUGUAAGAGUUGGCCAGUUUGUCGUACGCAGGCUGGAAAACGAGCAGAUAUCGUUUCCCUAAGGAAGCAUUUGGGCCACGCCAGGCUUUUGUCAUCAGCAAUUAAGCGGGGCCAGAGCUACUUCCACCUCCUGCAGAAAGAGGAACAAGAGGAGCAGGAGAAAGUGGAGAGGCAGCGGAUGAGCAGGGAGCAGCAGCGGAAAACAGAGCCACAACCUCCCAGUUUCUCCUCUGACUCUGACAGUGAUUCAGAAGGGUGGGCUCUGCCUGCAGGAAGCAGCUGGUCAGGUGUGAAUGAAGCCCGGAAGAAGAGCCAGUCAGCACGACCUUUCACCCCGGUCUAUCACUCCCUGACCUCCCCUCUGCUGAGCCAAGCACCGACGAAGCUCAUCUACCGCCAGCUCUGCUGUCUGAAUUGGCUGCUGGAGGCUUUGACUCUGGAUCGCUCCGGCAGAGUUGGCCCGCUCACCGCCUGCUGGGACCCCAAAGACCCCGGCCGAGGCAGGACCACGAUGAAGACGCUGAAAAAAGAAAGAGCCAUUGAGAACAAAUGGGAGCAGUUUGUUUCAACAAAGCCUCGGAGAGCUCAUCCCAGGCGCCCUCGCAGCUCCUCUGCUCGCCUCCACACCCACAGGAAGUCUCCCUUCAUGAGUGGGGCCUCCCUCUCUGCACUCACCCCCACCCCUGUGGGCAGCAGUGUGUCCUCUCUGGUCCCCGGGGCUGAGGAGGACACAGAGUCUCCAGGAGCACCCAGGGAGACCGACCGGCCUCCCUCAGAGUGUCUUCGCACGCUGUCAGAAGACCAGAAAGUCAACAAAGACAGCCAAAGCUCACAAACCAGCAGCUGUCCUGCCAAGCCCCCGUUAGCCAUCAGCUAUCUCAUCAACAACAAGGCCAGCAUGCUACGGGAGCUGAAAAGUGCCUUUGACCAAAGGAUUACCGAGAUGUCUCAGAGCUACGUCGACAUCCUGGAGCUCAAAGCCAGGGAGAGGUUAAAUAGUGGUCUCCAAAGGUACCGAGCCCUGUGUCACGUGACCGAAUACCUUGGCCUUCCUCAUCAUGUGACAUGUGUGUCUCAAGAGAAAGAGGCUCCAAACAAGAACAAUACAAACAAGCACAGCAACAAUAUGUGGUUGUCCACUCUGCUCAGCAGCCUGCCUGAGGAGGUGUGCAGGGAGCAUGCGGUGAGCCGGGUGCUGGAGAAGCUUAGUGGCUUUGCAGAUCAGCAGACCCUCAAGGUUCGGCCUCAGAUUCUCCUGAAGGUGCUGGGGGGUCUGGAGCCAUGGGAGCUCUGUCUGCCUGAGCUGUGUGUGGCCAUCCAGAUUGCCACGGAGCAUGUGGUCCAGAUGCCCAGGGAGGAGUACAAUGCUUGGCUGUGUUCAAGGGUCACCCUGCCUCCACAGUGCCACCGUGCCCCUCAAACACCAGGUGAACACACUCUUUUAAGACCUGGACGAAGGCUACAGGCAUGGACAAAUAUAUAAAGGAAACAAAAGCACACCAGGGUUCUAAAUUAAAUGUGAGGCUAAUAAAAUAAGCCUUUAAUGUAAGGGCAAAGGUUGAUUAAAGUGAUUAAAAUGGAGUAGUUAUUUUGCCUUCCAUCUGAUCACUGUUCACUUGAAAGUAAUAAUGUUGUGCACCACACAGCCAGCAGCAGAGUCAACUUCAGACACAUCACUGAAUCAACAAUAGGUUACAAAAUAAAAAAAGUUAGAAGACGUAAUUGUUAUUUUUUCAUAGUUAAAAAAAAUGGCGAAAGAAAAGGAAGGAUUAGACUAAUGGUACAGGUUUUAUACCCUUAUAAGCUCGUCGUUGUGCGUGUGUACAGGAUAAAUAAUACAGGCACACACAAUAAGGGGGGAAGUGGAAAGUAGCCUAUCGAUCUUUAGUCAAGGGUUACAAAAAGAGCAACUAAAUACCUUCCUUUCUAACAUAUUUCCCUGUAAGGCUACAGCGAUAACUCACAAGAUCACGUCACAUUUUGGUUAAAUCAUUGGUUCUUUAGUGCUAUGUGAUAACUGUUUGUUUAUUUCUUUUAAUUCAAUUUGCCAGUUCUCUCUUUAAGUGCAUCUUGCUGGGAUGAAGUCUUUCUGUAUAUGGCAUGUUUCAUUGCUUGGUUUGUUAUGGCCAUUGCCAUAGCCAACUACCCAGUUCUUCUGUAAUUCAUUCAAUCUAGACAGACCACUGUAGAUGUUGCCAAAUGUGAAAACAACACCCCUUCCUGUUUGCAGUAACAUUUUUCCUGGAAAGACGUACUUGACUCAGUGUUUAGACCAGCAAAUGUGCUUUAGAAACGUCUUUAGAAAGGGCUAGUGUGAAUCAGUACCACACACUAUACAGUGUUUUCUGUCUGUAGAGAGCCGUUAAACAGACAUUUACAUGAAAGUAUUAAAGGCCACUAUUUGAAAUACCUCUGUUGACCCCAGUUGACAUAAACAAUCCAAUUGGGUAAUGGAUGAACAAUCUCAUAUACCGACACUCAGUUGUGCUGUUCAACCCAACCGAACAUUCACAGUGACCUUUAACUCUGCCUCGUCUCCUGAUGGGUUUGUGAAUAACUUCAACUCCGCCUGUUAGAAAAGAAUAAUGAACUCCCUUUUCAAUGCCUCAAUUUUGGAGGAAUUGAAUUAGAAUGGAACUGAAACAGUGUCUUGUGACUGUGAAUGUUUGAACUUAAUGUGGAUGAGCGGUGGAUUAAAAAGCAGACAAUAUGGCAACAGAAGUGAUAUAUUACAGUAAGUACUGCUUUGGAAAGCAAAUUCUAGUAACUUCUAGUCCUCCUUAUCCAUUUUUGAUAACAUGUACCAUAUUUCCCAGGGCAUAUCUACACUUUGUGUGUGUGUGUGUGUGUGUGUGUGUGUGUGUGUGUGUGUGUGUGUGUGUGUGUGUGUGUGUGUGUGUAGCGGCAUUUAGAGUGAAAGGGAAAAGUGUCUUGCCUGGAAGAGGAGGGGUGGGAUCGGGAACAGGGGCAACAGCGAGCCAACACUCAUUUCAGGAAUGCCACACAGUCUGGAGGCCCAGCUCAACCCACCCCCACAGUGUUCACUUAGCCCUGGGCAGGGGGAUGGUGGGGUGCAGGGCUGCAGAGGAAAACAUGAGGGGGGAACAAGCAUUCUUUCAUUUUAACUUCUCACUCAGGUUUUAGAACUCAUGCCUCAGGGCACAAAGUCUAGACCAAAUGAAGUGGGAGAUACCAACCAAAAAUCUGGUAAUAAUAAAUAUAGCUGCAAGUCACUGGAUCU